UAGCGUGACUAUGAUAAAUAUUAGUGUAAAAUUUGUCCGAGUAGUCUAAGCUGCAGUUAUCUGUGCAGUUUUGAAAUCCAGAGGAGCAACGAAGAGACAUGAAGCAGCAGAGUCGUAUGCUAUGUAGACUACGUCAUGAAACGAUCAGUAAUAGGUGUAUAAGUUAGACUAUUGUUAGUGGCCAAUACAAAUUGAAAACUUUAAAGCUUCUGGUGUUCUUCAGCUUAAGCUAGGCAGUUCUAAAUAAAUAUCGGCAGUCGUGGUGAUAGCGUCAUGAGUAACAAGUUAUGCGACGAGAUGCCAAGUGGCCUAAUUUCGAAUUCAAUUGUGGACAGACACUUCCUGUUGUGCCGAAAGUCAGCCAUCUUAUAGAAUGCUGAACGACGGUACCGUAUAGAAAAUCUAAAACGUUGAAAGCGCCAGCAAGGCGUUGGUAGUAAAAUAGGAAGUUACUUUUUAGCAUCAAUUAGGAUCAAGAGCAUUGUUCGGUUGAACAUCUCAUUGUCCUCAACCAAGAGCGUACACCUUGCAAAUAUACAAACCAGAUUGUAAGAGAUGUGCGAAGGAAGCGAUUUGUACUUCAUCACUUUUUGACUGAUUUCUGUUUACGUUUUUCGCUAGUCUGUUUGUAAAUAGAGUUUCCAUCAGUGUAAAAAGGCGCUAAGUAACUAUCAAUAGCUGCACAAUUUAGAAAACGAUUUUAAAAUAGUUUUAAUUCAUACGUAAGGUAGCGUACGAAUUAACCUUUGUAAUGGAUACGCAAAGAUUUAGACGCUAAAUCUGUGGACGUUUCGAGUGGCCCUGCCGUUAAAUAUUGCUUGAGGCGGCUGGCUCCCAAUAAAAGAUGGUGUCUAACCAAGACUACUUAAACAGCCUAGAGCAGGCAAACACGUUACCAUUAUGGCCACGAUAUACCACCUAUAGGGUAGAAUUUGAAUGUACUAGGUCGUUACUGUGGGGGCAGCACGUACAGCACUUUGUUACGUCUGUGGUCAAACCAAAAUUGCCGUAGGACAUUUAUUCAACACUUGAUUCUCAACAUGUACCAAAGCAAUGGUUUUAUACAUCCUUUCAGCAACAUUUUUAUACAUCCUUACGUACGAUAUUCGACCAUAAUCUCUGCUUUCAACGACGACAUCUGAUUGCAUUUCCCAUCGCACGUUGCUACCGAUACAAUUCAAAUGCUUGUUUUUUUUUAAUCAGAAACAUUGGCUUAUCUCACAGCCCCAUUAUUAGUUUUGUUUAUUUCGUAACAAUUACAAAGUAAUGCUACCAGGGGAUGUCCGAAUGAGGUGCUUACCGUUGGUGCAUUUAAAUUCUAUACUUUAUUGACGAAAAUCCCGAUGCUGCAGCUUACUCAAGGGCACUGACAUUCUUAUCAGAAAAUCAUUUGUUAGGUUUAAAUAGCAUUCGGUUACUGAGAGAUGAGCAACGUGACCUUGGGAUACUUUUGUCUUUAAUGGUAGAAAGAACACUGAUCUUAACUGGUGCUAUAUUCUGUAUGGAUGUUUAGGAAAAGUAUAGUCAGGUACCUACGAGGAUAUUAACUUAUGCCGUGUCACGCAUACUCUUCUGAAGUUGCAAUCAUAUAAUUAUUUUUGGAUAAAGAUAUAAAUCUAUGGUUGAGGCCUGUUUAAAGCGGUUUCAUAUGUGCUAUGUCCUGUGUACGAGGAAUUAGGAAAAUAUGAAAGAGUGCAUUUUCAGGUGACAUGUACGGUAAAAAGUUAACAGAUGGAAGAAGUCUAGAUUCAUUGGUGUUGUGCUACAAAGAACACGUUGCCCCAAUGUAGAGCCCCUGUUUGACACAGUAUCACUUUUGAAAACGCCCCUUCCGAUGCCCGUUGUCCUUACAAGAAGCACAUGCAAACAAAAGGGUCGUAGUAACGGAGAACGUUUCCUGUAAGUUAUCUUUCGAUCACCCCCACAAUAUAACGCCAUGGCAGCGACCCUUACUUUACAACGGGCCCUUUCCGCAAAGCAUCAUGGGGAAUUCCACGACGCAUUAAAUAACGCAUCUCAUCGGACAACCAAGGAAUGAGCGCUAUUUCGCCUUUUGAAUUAUAGAAAGACAAAUGAUGAAUGUCGAGAGCUCAGAGAGGUGACCUGCAUUCACGUCCCGUCAGAUGCAACCGGAUAAUCGGAGGAAACCACACCAGCGCAUUUGUACCACUAUGAUCUCUUAUCUGUGUUGUUGCUUGCGGAAGCCUGAACGACGAUCUAAGGAGAAAGGACAAAAUCUUAAGGAGACGAUUCCUCCAGCUCGCCUUCCAAGCGGAGUCAGUGAAUGGCCUGAACGUGCACGCUCUGAAUUUCCAACAGAAAUACAAAUGAGUCAACACAAUAAUGUCUCAUCAAUUACGAUUGAUGAAGACCGUACGAUCACUAUUAAAGCAGACACGGAAACUCUGGCGAUCCUUCUAGCGUCAAGCACAGUUGCGCCGUUGCUAGCGUCUCCUGGGUCCUGGACUACCACAGCCAGCCUUGGUUCGGGGCUGCGUUCUACCAAACUGCCGUUUAGCAGAUCGUCAAUAAUGUACAGUCAGCAUAGAGAUAUUGGCCUAAGCAUUCAUAAAGACGACAGCAAGCGUCGUCCACGGAAAAAGGGACAGACGUCAAAGCAGUCCCAUCCUGAUACGAGUUUAAACGAGAGCAACUAUUUGGAACGCCUUGGCCUAUUUGAUAGUCCACUUUGGCCUACAUUAAAUGAAUUCGAAUGCCCAUUGUGCCUUGAAGUUGUCGGACGCUUGCAAGGCAUCCUCAUAAAGGCUUGCAUGAUUCAUAAAUUUUGUCGAAACUGCCUGCAACAAGCAGCUAUAAAUUCACAGUGGCUCGAGGUGGACUGCCCAUUAGCCAAAGAAUGCCAUUCUACGAUCAGCGAUGCUGAACUUAAGGAGCUUCUGUCCUACCAGCCUGAACUAUAUCAACUCUACCUAGCUAAAAAAACGCGUCAUCAUGUCGAAAACGAUUUAACACAACUACAGCCAUACGUGUACGACUGGAAAAUCAUUACCAAUGUUGUCGAGUUCGUCUGCCCAGUUUGUAUGGAGACGAUACCACCUUUAGAGGGCGUCUGCGCAAAGACCUGCAGGGUACAUUAUUUUUGCGUAGAAUGCAUGCGAGGCGCAAUUCGAAGUUCUGAUGAGCCUCGCCUUCGCUGUCCUGCCGUCAAAUGUGAAUCUUACCUUCUCGAUAUUGAAGUUGAGCACCUUGCACCUGAAGAGCACGCUCGCCUUAUGGCUCUGGGCGUAGAACAAGCCAUAGCGGCGGCUGGUGCGGACGCUUGUCACUGUAGAGUACCCGAUUGCCAGGGUGUGUGGUUCGUAGAAGGAGAAGGCGAAGGCCGUUUUGAAUGUCCGGUUUGCAAGAAAAUAAACUGCCUCACAUGCGACACCGUCCACGUCAACUGGCAGUCGUGCGAAGACUAUCGGCAACAGCUUGAAAACGAAAAGACGCGUGAACAGAACGCACGAGACGAGGUCCAGACGAAAGACUACAUUGAGAAAAUGAUACGGGAAGGCAAAGGCAUGGUGUGCCCCCGCUGUCACGCACUUGUCGAUAAAAUGUCGGGAUGUGACGCUCUUCAGUGUUUGAAGUGCCGCACAGACCUGUGUUGGGCCACUAAAGGGCUUCGAUGGGGCCCCAAAGGCCGAGGGGACAAUUCAGGCGGCUGUCGCUGCAGAUACAACGGUGGCAACUUAUGCCACCCGCAGUGUCAAAACUGCCACUGAUUGUAGGCAAAUAUCAAGCUGGGCGAUAAUAUAUUUCGCUUUUUAUCCCUCUCCAAUGUACGAAUGGCAUUCCAAGUAAGAAAACCUUUGUAAUGUAAUUUCGUAAAAGAGAAAAAAUUUGUCAAUGCUGUGCUAUUUCAACAGAAUGCAACGCGUGUGCAAAUAAGGCGAUGCCCAUGCGGAGCGUUAACAAUGUUGAUAGAAAUCUAUCUUAAGCCGAUCCUUGCCGCUGGUUUCAUUGACUAUGUAACUAGACGGUGUCUCGACGAGCCCCAAGUUUGAGUUUCAACUAGCUUCGUCAUAUUCUUUUGUCAUUUCAGAGAAACAAUGUUCUGAUAGUCUAUUCUGGUGAGAACAGUAGAUAUGUUUUGAGUAAGUGAUUCAUCAGCUAAAGAACACGUUAGCCUUCUGCUAAGACUUUUCACAUUAUUAAAUUUGACUGCAAUUAAUACGAAUCCGCCAGACAGACUUAGAUAUUUUAUGGUUUAGCUGUUCUGUUUACUGACGGAAAAACUGCUGUAUACGA